AUGCCUCACCCGGAUAUACAAAUACCUUCUCAUACUGACAUAGUUAAUCGCUCACUCGUUUCCCCUCUUUCUACUUUUCCCGCANAAAAAUCUCCGGGGUUCGACCUGAUUACUGCAGAAGUGGCCAGAUCCCUGCCCAAAAGAGCCAUUGUACUUCUCACAGUUAUAUAUAAUGCGUGUCUAAGGUUGUCUUAUUUUCCUAUGCUUUGGAAAUUUUCUGUAACGAUUCUAGUUCUAAAACCUAACAAGCCUCCCGACUUAUCCUCCUCCUACCAACCUAUAAGUCUCCUCCCCUUCUUCAGCAAAAUUCUCGAAAGAUUAAUUCUUAAAAGAAUUCUUCCAUGCAUCUCUUCCAAUUCCAUAUUACCUAAUACACAAUUUGGUUUUCGUACCGCUCAUUCCUCAAUACAUCAGCUGCACAGACUAGUCGAUGCUAUUUCCUUCUCCCUUGAAAAAAAAAGUUAUUGCUCCUGCGUUUUCUUAGACAUUUCCCGAGCUUUCGAUAGGGUAUGGCAUGAAGGUCUGCUAUAUAAAAUUAAACCCAUAGUUCAUCCUUCCUUUUACUUACUAAUCAAAUCUUACCUCGCGGAUCGAUAUUUUCAGGUCAGAGCUGGCACAUCCCUUUCUGGUUUAGGAAAGAUUAGCGCAGGCGUUCCUCAGGGGGGCAUUCUUUCUCCUCUAUUAUAUAACAUCUACGCUGCCGAUCAACCCACAUCUCCGAAUACAGCUGUUGCGGAGUUUGCUGAUGACAAGGCCAUUAUUUCUAUCCAUGAUAAUCCUCACACAGCUUCCCACAAUCUUCAACUCCACCUUGACCUCAUGGCUGAUUGGUAUAAAAAAUGGCGUAUCAAAGUUAAUCAAUCCAAAUCACUCCAUACAACAUUUACUCUUCGUCGUACUCCCUGUCCUAUGGUAUCUCUAGACAAUAUUCAAAUCCCUUCCUCUCAAACGGCCAAAUACUUAGGUCUGACAAUUGAUCGUCGUCUCACUUGGUCACAUCACAUAAAAACUAAAAGGCUUGCCUUAAAUGCACGACUCCGCAUCCUUAAAACCCUAAUCUCUAACAACAAACACACUCCAUUAAAUACUAAACUCUUAAUUUACAAAUCCCUGUUCAAGCCGAUGUGGACCUAUGGUCUUCAACUCUGGGGCAAUGCCAAAAUAUCCAACACUAAUAAAAUUCAAACUUUCCAAAAUAAAUUCCUUCGCUUAAUUACAAAUUCUCUCCCUUACAUCUCAAAUCUAACUUUACACACCGAUCUAAAAAUGAAAUCAAUCCAUGAAUAA